GCGCCACUGCUGGAAAGGGAAAGGCGAGCGCGGAGGGGCGGAGCCAAGAAAGCGCGCGUUCUGGGAGGGGGAGGAGCCGGGUUAAGGAGCGCCGCGUCACGUCCGGCAGACUCAGAGCCCGUGCGGAGGCGGUGCGGAGCGCUUCGGCUCUCGGCGGCUCGGGACUCAGUUCGUUCUGCGAGGCUGCGGCGGAGCCUCUAUAUAGAAGGCGCGGGAGGUUGGCAGCUUCGGUUGAAGCCCAUCGAGCGGCGACAGCAGCUGGGAGUCAUGAGCGACAGCGGCGAGCAGAACUACGGCGAGCGGGAAUCCCGUUCUGCUUCCAGAAGUGGAAGUGCUCAUGGAUCUGGGAAAUCUGCAAGGCAUACCCCUGCAAGGUCUCGCUCCAAGGAAGAUUCCAGGCGUUCCAGAUCAAAGUCCAGGUCCAGAUCUGAAUCUAGGUCUAGAUCCAGAAGAAGUUCUCGGAGGCAUUACACAAGGUCACGAUCUCGAUCCCGCUCUCAUAGACGAUCCCGUAGCAGAUCCUACAGUCGAGAUUAUCGAAGACGGCAUAGCCACAGUCAUUCUCCCAUGUCUACUCGAAGGCGUCAUGUCGGGAAUCGGGCAAAUCCUGAUCCCAACUGUUGUCUUGGAGUAUUUGGAUUGAGCUUGUACACUACAGAAAGAGAUCUAAGAGAAGUGUUCUCUAAAUAUGGCCCGAUUGCUGAUGUGUCUAUUGUAUAUGACCAGCAGUCUAGACGUUCAAGAGGAUUUGCCUUUGUAUAUUUUGAAAAUGUAGAUGAUGCCAAGGAAGCAAAAGAGCGUGCCAAUGGAAUGGAGCUUGAUGGACGUAGGAUCAGAGUUGAUUUCUCUAUAACAAAAAGACCACAUACCCCUACACCAGGAAUUUACAUGGGGAGACCUACCUAUGGCAGCUCACGCCGUCGGGAUUACUACGACAGAGGAUAUGAUCGAGGCUAUGAUGAUCGGGACUAUUAUAGCAGAUCAUACAGAGGAGGUGGUGGGGGAGGAGGAGGAUGGAGAGCUGCUCAAGACAGAGAUCAAAUUUACAGAAGGCGGUCACCUUCUCCUUACUAUAGUCGUGGAGGAUACAGAUCACGUUCCAGAUCUCGAUCAUACUCGCCUCGUCGCUAUUAAAGCAUGAAGUGGAAGACUUUCUGAAACUUGCCCUAGAGUUGGGAUAUUGUUUGUGGACAAUAUUUUUUAUUGUCUCCUGUUUAAAAAGUGAACAGUGCCUAGUGAAGUUAGGUGACUUUUACACCUUUUAUGAUGACUACUUUUGGUGGAGUUGAAAUGCUGUUUUCAUUCUGCAUUUGUGUAGUUCGGUGCUUUGUUCAAAGUUAAGUGUUUUCAGAAAAGUAUGUUUUGCAUGUAUUUUUUUACAGUCUAAAUUUUGACUGCUGAGAAGUUUCUAUUGUACAAAACUUCAUUUAAAAGGUUUUUCUACUGAAUCCAGGGUAUUCUGAAGAUCGAAGCCUGUGUGUAAAAUGCUACCAAAUGGCAAAAAGCAACAAUAAAGUUUGAUUUUUACUUUUCUUUCUAACAUA